AUUUGAAAUUCUAUAUUAUUAUGUUGGCACACGUUACUUCUUCAGUCAUCACUGUGUGUAUUUACAUGAUCGAGUAGAAAGAUAUGGGAGUAGAAAGAGGAAGUGGUAAGGGGCUGAAGCAGAUGCUAAAGAGAUGUUCGAGUUUGGGAAAGAAGAGUAACGUCCACGUCAACUCUAACGGCGUCCCCAAAGGUCACUUCGUCGUUUACGUUGGUCUCUCUAGAUCCCGACACGUUAUUCCUAUCUCCUUCCUCACGCACCCCAUCUUUCAGAUGUUGCUGAGACAAUCUGAGGAAGAGUUUGGGUUCUACCAAGACAAUGGCCUAACCAUUCCUUGUGAUGAAGAUUUCUUUCUCUCUCUCAUCUCCUCCAUUAAUCCGCCUUGACAAGACACAUAUGAACGUGCAAUUCUAGCUCCUGCUUUGCGGAAAUAAACUCGUGUCUAUGUAACUACUGCUGUUUAUAUAUCCUUUUCCACGGUUCUCAUGUAGCAUGUCACUGGAGAGGAGUAGAAUCUACGUUACGUACCUACUUUUUUAACCUCGUUUUCUUUGAUAAGUUCUAAAAUCAAAUUAAAGCUAGGGUUUUUUUCGCUUUGCCGAGGGAAGCUAAACAAGGACACAUCACACAACUACAUCAUUGCCUCUUAUUAAUUUCAUUUUUUGUAUUUUUUGAUUGGACCCUCAAUAUGUUGUCCUUUUGCAAUUA